AUGACUGAGGAACUGGAAGAAGUGUUGAGGAAAUUUGUUCUGACUGAAGCUGAGGUUGACGGUGUUGAAUUGGAUGGAUCGGAUGUGGUUCAUGGAGUGGCUGAAUGUAAGUUGAGUAUUAUUGGUAAAGUGAUAGGGGAGAAAUUUGCAAAUAUUUCAGGUAUUAAGAGUUUUGCGAAUAACAUGUGGCCUUUUGCGAGGAAGUUAAAAGUAGUAGAGAUUGGGGUAAAUCUGUUUCAGUUUAUCUUCAUUAAUAGUCAGGACAUGGAGCGAGUGAUGCGGGGAAGACCGUGGAUAUAUGAUAAUUUGCCUUUAGUUGUUCUACCAUGGGAAGAGGGAUUAGAACGUAGGGAUGAAGCCUUUAAUAAGACUUGGAUUUGGAUCCAGUUAUGGAAUUUACCUAUCCACUGGAUUACUAAGGAAAUUGGGAGGAAGAUUGGAGGGGUCUUUAGCUCUGUUAAGGAAGUUAUAAUUCCAAAUGGAGGUGGUAAGGAGGGGAAACAUUUAAAAAUCCUGGUGGAGAUGGAUUUGUCAAGACCUCUUCUGAGGGGUACUACAGUGAAGUGGGAGGGAAGUGCGAGAUGGAUUGAAUUUAGAUAUGAGAAAUGUCCUGAGUUUUGUUAUUGA